AUGACCCCCAUCAUGAAUGCGAGAAGAAAAGUAUUUCUACAUGACUUUCAUUUGGAAAAAAAUGGGAAGAUGGUGAAUUUUGCCGGCUUUGAAAUGCCGCUACAGUAUUCUGACAUGAGCAUCAGUGAAUCUCAUAAGCAUACUCGGGAACACGUCAGUGUCUUUGAUGUCUCUCACAUGAUGCAAACUAAAAUCACUGGGACUGAUAGAAUUCAAUUCAUGGAAAGUCUGGUUGUAGCAGAUGUCGAUGGUCUAAAAGAAAAUCAAAGUACCCUUACACUGUUUACAACUGAAAAUGGAGGAAUAAUUGAUGACUUAAUUGUUACGAAGACAGACACGGAUCAUUUAUAUGUUGUCUCUAACGCCGGAUGUGCGGAGAAAGAUUUGAAACAUAUGCAAAGUAAAAAAGAAGAAUUUAAACGGAAUGGAGGUAAUGUGGAGAUAGAAGUUUUAGGAAAUCGAGCUUUGCUUGCUGUUCAAGGUCCUGGAAUGGCGAAAGUUUUACAACCUUUUGUAGAAUGUAAUUUAAGUUCUUUGACUUUUAUGACAUCUAUUGUCACAUCCGUUUGUGGAGUUGAUGACUGCAGAAUAACUCGAUGCGGAUACACUGGCGAAGAUGGAGUUGAAAUAUCUAUUCCAUGUGAUAAAAGUAGACUCAUUUUGACUAGCUUACUUGAUUCGAAAUUGGAUGAUGUAAGACUUGCUGGCUUAGGAGCACGAGACACGUUGAGAUUGGAAGCCAGUUUAUGCUUGUACGGCAAUGAUAUAACAGAGGAUACAACUCCAAUUGAAGCAAGUCUUGCCUGGACUAUAAGUAAGAAAAGACGGGAAAAGGCCAACUUCCCUGGAGCCAGUGUAAUUUUACAGCAGCUAAAAGACAAACCGAAGAGAAAGAGGGUUGGUUUUGUUUCUACGGGGCCUUGUCCAAGAAACUCCUGUAAAAUUUUAAAUGCCGAAGGAAAUGAAAUAGGCGAAAUCACAAGUGGAUGUCCAUCACCUUGCUUAAAUAAAAACAUCUCAAUGGGAUAUAUAGAAACUGCAUCAUCGAAAAUUGGUACAAAAGUGAACUUUUUAGUGCACAAGAAGAAAGUUGAGGGAGUUAUCGUUAAGAUGCCAUUUGUUCCUACAAAAUAUUACAUAAAGUAGCUUUUUUUCCAACGAAAGGCAAAUUGAGUCCAACGUUUCCAAAGGAUACAAACUACAUUUCCUUUUUUAUUGAAUUGUAUUUUCAUGUUGGGUUUUUAAGCUUGCAUUAGAAUCCGGAUUAUAAAAAACCCUCUCAAUAAAAAACAUCGAUUAAUCAGGAUUUUUAAGGAAAUGAUUAAAAAAGGAAAUGAACCAGUCUUUUCUUAUUUGAUUGACUAAAUUGAAGUCUUUGCUUAUUUUACAUUUUGUCAGUUUUAAUUUAUUUUAAUCGAAACUAACAAUUAGUAUGAAGUAAGCAUAAGUACAUUAUUGAAUUAGUUCAAUCGACGGAACGUAUUUAAAAACAAUUUUUUAAGUUUUUAACCAGCAAAAUAUUUAAUAAGGGACAUUCACUGUAGCUUUAUCUUAUGCAUAGACUUAGUGUUUUGAUAAAAUAUACUUAUUUUAUCACACAAGUAAAAUGUUUUCGGUAACGAAGUGAAACAUUGUUUUUAAUAUCUCCUGUUAAUAUGAAUUUUAGUUAUCCUGAAGCAUGCUAGGUCCCAAUUCAUUUGUAUUAACAGUUUUAUGUUGUAACAUAGAUUAUGAAAAUAUAAAAGCUACUUG